AUGAAUAAUCAAACAUUCACAAAUUAUAAUAGAGAUGAAUUGAAAAAAUUAAAAAAAGAUCAACUACUUAAGAUUUGUUUAGAUAAUAAUAUAACUGUGAAAAAAAGUAGCAACAAAACAUUAAUAAUAGAUGAUAUUAUCAAUAUCAAAGGAGAAAGAGAUCGUUUACAAAAGAAAUUGGUGGAUGACAAUCCUUCAAAUCAAUUUCAUCGAGGUCAUGUUGAAUAUAAACUACCAAUAUUGAUCAUCACAAAGAUACUUGAGUUAACUUGGAUGCAAGCGACCUCUGACCGCAUCACCCUUAUAUCUUCAUACCGACAAGCAUUACAACUGACAUUAAUCAACAAACAAUUCUUUGGUAUCGUAAGUCUGAUGUUCAACAAUGUCAGACUUCGUUCAAAAGAAAAAAGUAGAUCUUCACCUUCACUCAUUGGAAAGGAUCUUAAAGAUAGACUUACCAGUGUAUGGUGUCCAAUUAAACAUAUUGUUAAACUAAAAGUUGGAAUACUCAUUUUUGAACAGUUAAUGAAACAAAACUCUGCUCAUCUCACUCAUAUUCUAUCAACUGUUGAAAAAUUAAAUGUUGUGCGUGAAACUAAAAUCGAAAAUAUAAAAGAGAACUGCCUAAAAACUUUUGUAAAGAUCGCCACCAAUCUUCGCUCGCUCUGUCUCUAUCGCGUAAAAGUGGAACCUUCACACCUGAUUGUAAUCUGUUCAAUUAAAUCACUUAGAAAGAUAGAUAUUUCCCACACCUUUAGUGACAUACCUGAUUUUCUCACAACCCUAUGCAAUGGUUUACCUUUCUUAGAAUCGAUCAAAUCGGGAUAUUUUCAUGUCACAGAUAUUCCAAAGUCGUGUCGUUCAAGAAUUAAAAAGAUUGGAGUUAAAUUGGGGGAGACCGAAGAAACCAAAACUGAUGAAACCUUUGAAUUUCCAAAUCUCCAAAAGCUAUCCGUCUAUAUCUACUCCCGUCCCGUUUUCUUUAAAUAUUUCUCACAAUCCAAUAUCACACAUCUAUCUCUAUUUUUAAAUAAUCAAUUAGAAUUCGAUCAAUGGAUAGCAAUCAUCAUAGAAUUAAAAUCAAGAAUGAAGGAUCUUCACCAUAGACUUAUUAGUACAUGGUGGCCAAUAAAACAUAUUGUUAAACUUCAAGUCUCAACUCUCGUUUUUGAAAAGUUAAUGAAACAACCAUCUUCUCAUCUUUAA